GCAUGUGCCUAAGGACAAAGAGAGGGUGGGUUCAUUUUGUACAAAGGAUAGCCUAUGUUGGAAUGUUGUUAUACUAGUCUCCAGUAUCUAUUUCAAUUUCUUACACAAGCGAUCACGGAAAGUAGAGGAAACUAAGGAAGAGGUAUGUGACAUGAUCAACAAGAGAUACAAUGAGUUUCUACCCAGCAUGCAGGGGGCAGAGGUACUCAUGGGACAGGCUGAAGAGGUUUCUAAAGAAAUUGAUGUCCUCAAAAGCUGCAUUGAGAAAGAGGUGCAGCAGAAUCUACAUACAGCCGUGACAGAAUAUGCCAAGCUAAAGCAGCAGCUGGAGAGAAACACUACUGUCAUUGCCAUGCUCAGGCACCUAGAAGAGUUUCACAUUGCAAUGGAGGAGUUUCACAAAGCCCUACUGGAGAAGAAGUAUGUAAUUGCGGCCAAACAGUUAGAAAAUGCCCGGCACAGUGCAGACUCUCUGAAGGCGUGGAAAGGCUCUGAGCUGCCCCUGCUGAGAGCACUCACCUCAGAGCUCACUGUCCAGAGAGAGAACCUCAUCUACCAUCUGAGGGACGAGUGGAAGAGACUGGCCGUCUGGAAACUGCCUCCUUCCAAAGAGCCGACGGGGAUGAAGUCGUUCCUGAAGACUGAGCUCCAGCUGACCCCGGGCGGGACCAAGGAGCCCCAGCAGAGCCCUCCGCCUCUGCUCUCCUGUGUCCUCCAGGCCCUGACCAUCCAGGGGGAACUCCAACACAAGAUCAAACUCUUCAGCCAGGUGCUGCUGAAGUACCUGCUGAAGCCCCUGAUCACGUACCCCUCUCUGAACGUGGAGGUAUCGGAGCAGCAAGGUGAGGGCACCCUGCUCGCUCUCCAGUUUGCCGAGACCCCCGAUGAGCACACCAGCCCCUCACAGGUCUACACCAAAGUCCUGAUGGUACUCAAGACCUUACACACACACCUGCUAGACGUAUCAGUUGGUGAGAGAAAAGUGUCUGUGAUACUCGGAGACCUGGUAUGGCAGGAGAUGUCUCAUUGCAUCAUCCAUGAGUGCCUCCUGUACUCCAUCCCAACCAAUAGCUGCCAGCUUGAACAGUACAGUGCAGUGAUCAAAGAGACGGAGGAGUUUGAGAAGUCCUUGAAGGAGAUGCAGUACCUCCGAGGAGACUCCACCGAGCUGCUCAAGUAUGCCCAGGACGUCAACUGCCACUUUGCCAGCAAGAAAUGCAAAGACGUGAUCGUGGCGGCACGCAAGCUGAUGACCUCCGAGAUGCACAACACCGUCAAAAUCACCCCAGAUUCUAAGCUUUCCGUCCCCAUGCUGCCCAGCCCUGGCUCUGGAGACAUCAAGGGCAAGCAGGGGGCCAAGAAGCUUGAGGCGUUCAGGUUGGAGAACGAGAAGCAGCUGGGUGCGCGGACGCUGUGCCUGCCUGUGUGUCGCAUCAGUGAGUCGGUGCAGCAGCUGAUGGAGCUGGCCUUGCACACGCUGUCCGAGGCUGUGGGAAGCUCCAGCCAAUGUGCUACCCAACUGUUCUUCACAGUGCGGAAUAUAUUCCAGCUAUUCUAUGAUGUUGUGCCUACAUACCAUAAAGAGAACCUGCUCAAGUUCCCACAUCUGGCGGCCAUCCAGCACAACAACUGCAUGUACAUCGCCCACCACCUGCUCACCCUGGGCUACCAGUUCAGUCCACGCCUGCCUGACCCCCUCAGUGAGGGUGCUGCCACCUUUGUGGACCUGGUGCCCGGCUUCAGGAAACUGGGCGCUCAUUGCUUCCUGGCCCAUCUGAACGUCCAGAGAACAGAGAUGCUGGAGCGUCUCUCCACCGCACGCAACUUCUCCAACCUGGAUGACGAGGACAACUACUCUGCAGCCAGCAAGGCCGUCAGGCAGGUCAUCCAUCAGCUGAAAAGGCUGGGCACCGUCUGGCAAGACGUUCUACCAGUCAACAUAUACUGUAAAGCCAUGGGGAUUCUCCUCAACACUGCCAUCUCAGAGCUGAUUGCCAAAAUCAUGAUGCUGGAGGAUAUCUCCACUGAAGAUGGGGAGCACCUACAAAUCCUCUGUCAGACCAUUAUCGAGGAAGGACCCCUGGUGUUCAUUCCACUGCCUGAGGAGAACAAGAACAAGAAGUACCAGGAGGAGGUACCCAUUUACGUGAAGAAGUGGAUCACCUUCAAGGAGCUGGUCAUAGUGCUGCGAGCUAACCUGCAGGAGAUAGUCGACAGGUACAAAAAUGAACUUCUCAACUUGUCAAAUCACCAUUAAAGCUAUUCAUUUUCAUAACAACAAAUUAUGACAACCACAAUUCCAAAAGUGAACACACGGCUAAUCUAUAUAAUUUACUGUUUCUUAUUUGGAUUACUUGUGUGUACACUUUUAGAAUUGUGGUUGACGUUUGAUUGGUAUACCACUGAGUCCUCUAAUUGGUUGAUUUGUCCUUGUUUCCUGUCUGAAGGUGGGCAGAGGGGAAAGAGCCACUGGCGCUGGAGUUCUCUAGUUCCGAUAUGAAGAGCCUAAUCCGAGCUUUGUUCCAGAACACUGAGAGGCGGGCGGUGGCUCUCACCAAAAUCAAAUAGACUCCUUUGCUCUCUUGCAACAAACGACCCCAAUAAGCUGUACCACUUUCCUUCACUGCUGUAGAAAACAGUGUUCAUUAAUGUCUUUGUUCAAGCCUAGUUGUGAAUGUAAAUGCAAUAUAUGCCAUUGUAUAUGAUAAAACAGCAUUUCAAAUACAA